AUUAAAAUUACAUAAUAUUUCAUUAUUUUGUUUGUGAAUAGAAAAUAAUGAGAAACUGAUGGUAAAGUGAUGGAUCACAGCCACCACAAUGCACAUCACGCCCAUAUGGCCGUCGAGACCACAACCGUUGGCUACGAUGUCGGCCACGAAGGCCACAACGUGUUGGCUCCAGAGAGCGACCACAGCGGCCACGAUAUGAUGUCUCACGAUAUGAUGAAAAUGUAUUUCCACACAAAUAUUGGCACCGAUUAUGUGCUGUUCAAAGGCUGGAAACCGGCCAAUGCUGGAGAUAUGGUGUGGACGUGUGCUCUCAUAUUCCUAUUGGCGGUCAUAUACGAGGGUCUGAAGUAUUAUCGCGAGUAUCUGUUGAAGUCGUGGCGAAUCACAACGUAU